CCCGGCCCCUCGGGCGGGCCAUGGGGCUGGGGCCUCCCCCUCGGCGGGGCUCGGCGGGCCCGGGCCGGGGUUGCCCCCGGCUGGCCCUCCUGCUGCCGCCGCUGGCCCUGCUCCUCGUCCUCCUCCUCGCCCGCCCCGGGGGACUGGUGGCCUUCCCGGCCUCCCUCAGCGACUGCCAGACCCCCACCGGCUGGAAUUGCUCCGGUUUCGAUGACAGAGAGAACGACCUCUUCCUCUGCGACACCAACACCUGUAAAUUCGACGGGGAAUGCCUCAGGAUCGGAGACAGCGUCACCUGUGUCUGCCAGUUCAAGUGCACCAGUGACUACGUGCCCGUGUGUGGCUCCAACGGGGACACCUACCAGAACGAGUGCUACCUGAGACAGUCGGCCUGCAAGCAGCAGACAGAGAUCCUCGUGGCCUCCGACGGCUCCUGCGCUGCAGAUCCCGGAUCAGGCUCUGGAGAUGGAGUGAACGAAGGCUCCGGAGAGAGCAGUCAGAAGGAGACGUCCACGUGCGACAUUUGCCAGUUCGGGGCCGAGUGUGACGAGGACGCGGAAGACGUCUGGUGUGUGUGUAACAUCGACUGUUCCCAAACCAACUUCAACCCCCUUUGUGCUUCCGACGGGAAAUCGUACGACAACGCGUGUCAGAUCAAAGAAGCCUCGUGUCAGAAGCAGGAAAAAAUCGAAGUCAUGUCCCUGGGGCGAUGCCAAGAUAACACCACCACGACGACGAAAUCUGAAGACGGUCACUACGCGAGGACGGAUUCCGCAGAGAACGCCAACAAGCUGGAAGAGAGCGUCGGGGGGCCGGCCACCCCCUGCCCGGACCACCUCAGCUCCUUCUGCAAGCACGGGGCCUGCGAGCACUCCCUCAACACCCCCGAGCCCUCCUGCAGGUGCAACGCAGGCUACACGGGGCAACACUGUGAGAAGAAGGAUUACAGCGUCCUCUACGUGGUGCCCGGCCCGGCCCGCUUCCAGUACGUGCUGAUCGCCGCCGUCAUCGGCACCGUCCAGAUCGCCGUCAUCUGCGUCGUCGUCCUCUGCAUCACCAGGAAAUGUCCGCGGAGCAACAGAAUGCACAGGCAGAAGCAGACUACGGGCCACUACGGGUCAGACAACACGACCAGAGCGUCGACCAGACUGAUUUGAAAAGUGCAUGGUUCUCUCUCCCUCGGCCAAGCUGCCCCGUCCUGGACCGGGGCCGGAACUUAGACGUGAACAACACAUGUUGCCUUGCUUUUGUGGUAAUCGACACCAAUGAAAACCCGUACUACAGCUCUAUUGGAUUAUGUAUCGAUAUAUUUGAGAUAGUAUACAUUGUCUUGAUGUUUUUCUGUAAUGUAAAUAAACUAUUUAUAUCACACAA